AUGAACACAUCGUCUUCUCUUAAGGAAAAAUCUAAUGCUACUGAAGUUGUGAGCUCGAAUGUUCAGUCACCGAAUGAACUUAUCGAUUUCUCAAAAGAGGAAGAGAGAGCUGUCGUUAGGAAGAUCGAUCUAUGGGUGUUACCAGUUAUGUGUCUCAUUUUCUUCACUCAGUACCUCGAUAAGCAAAUUGUUGCAUACACAGUUGUUGUAGGUUUGAGAGAAGACUUAGGCUUAUCGGGCAGCCAGUAUUCUUGGCUUGCUUCUGCGUUCUCAAUUGCACAAUUGGUUUCGCAAAUAUGGAAUUCUUACGCCUUAAGUAAGUUUCCCAUCAAGAUUGUGACAGGAGUUUCGGUGUUUCUUUGGGGAGCCACAUGUAUCUGCACCGCAGCUCCAAAGAAUUUCGAAGGAUUUAUUGCAUUAAGAACGAUAUUAGGAUUUUUUGAGGGAGCAGUUUCUCCUGCUUUCGUCAUCAUUACUUCUGUUUAUUACAAGAAGUCAGAGCAUGCGCUUAGAACGGCAUGUUGGAUAUCAUGUAAUGCUUUAGCUCAAGUUCUUGGCAACUUCUUGGUCUAUGGUGUUUCUAAAAAUGAUAAUCUCGAUAUUGCAAUCUGGAGAGUAGUGUUUCUAAUAUGUGGGGGAUUGACGAUUUUCAUGGGAGUGAUUUUUAUGUUGGUAAUUCCUCUUUCUCCUGGUGAAGCCAGAUUCCUAUCUGAGAGGGAAAGACAUAUUGCUGUCAACCGUAUACUUGCUGAAAAUGACCGAGGUGAGAGGACAUCGUUCAAUUUCAAACAAAUGCUCUCGUCUUUGAAAUUAGAUUAUUAUACGAUUUGUUCUUUCCUUUUUGGAUUCUUGGUCACGGUCACCUCAGGACCUAUAAUCUUCUCUUCGCUCAUUAUCUCUGAGAUGGGAUAUACUGGCACCAAAGUCUUGGAGUUUGGUGCUCCUUCUGGUGCCGUUCAAUUGGGUAUAAUUUGGUUGGGUGUUGUCUUGACUACUUUUUUUCCUAAGGAACGUUGUAUCUCGGUCAUGUGUUUGGCAUUGGUUCCAUUAGUGGGAACGAUAUUACUAUUGGCAUUGCCAGAGACUAAUCCUUGGGGAAGAAUAGUCGCGUCUUGGUUGGGAUCAUGUAUAACGAGUAUUAUGUCAAUAUUGUUGUCUUUGAACGCUUCCAACACACGUGGAAAUACAAGAAAAUCUCUAAUCAACAAUAUAUUCUUCUUUGGUUACUCCCUUGCUGCAAUCAUUUACCCUCAAUGGUGGAACUAUACAAGAGAUCCAAAUUUUAGAGCUGGACUCAUUGCGAAUAUUUGUUUUUGGGCUUUCUUUGAAGCUUUAGUGCUCUCGUAUAGGUUUGUAUGUAUCAGUGAAAACAAGAAGAGGGACAUUAUUGCAGAAAAAGGGGAAAUACCCGAUUAUGACUUAACUCUUGAUCUAACAGACAGAGAAGAUAUGUAUCAUAGAUAUAGCUAUUAA